AUGCCCCCCCCUCCCAACCUCCAGCUGCGACACCAGGUCAUAUCCAUCUACAAGGAGCUGCUGAACCGCGGCCGCGACUACCCCAAGGGCUACGAGUACUUCCGCGAGCAGCUGCGCAGGGCCUUCAAGGCGAAAGCGGACCUGCGCGACGACGAGGAGAUCCGUAAAGCGAUCAAGCAUGCGGAGUACGUCAAGAAAGAGCUCGAGGCGCUGUAA